CAAAUGUUUUGAACCUCAGCGACCGCGCGCAGGGCUAGUGAAUUAGCAAAACAUUUUACGAUUUAUUGCCAGCUUGCCAACACAAGUUUUAAAUUUUUACGAGCGGGUUUUUGUUUUCUUUUUAUUCUGUUAGUUGUGCGGUUUGAUCCAAAGAUGGAUCUUCAAAAAAGAAUCCACGACGCGCUGAACGACUUCAUUUUGUCAUAUAUUCCUCACGCGGAUCUGAGUACUCUAGAUGAUGUGAUUUUGUCGUACAUCACUGGGGUGCUAGAAGAUUUGGGAUCUCAAGAAAGUGUGGAGGAAAACUUUGAUGUAGAGGUGUUUGUUGAAAUGUUGGAGGCCUACAUUCCUGGUUUCUCAGAUAUUGACAGUGUCAAAGUUUGUGAGAUUAUGUUUAAUCUGGCAUCAAAGUUGGCCUCAGCCCGGGAUACAGAAUCUGGAGAGAUGAAAACAGAGGAAGGUAAAUUUCCCCUCUCAGAAAGCACUUCUUUAACCCAUGGAGGUUCAAGAGAAAAGACACACAACCUCACAUUACAAGCAGAGGGAGCCACAGCUCAGGUUAGUGAAUCAUCGUGGGACAAACAGGAGCAACAUCUUCUUGAGAUGUUUCCUAAAUGCAGUGUGUCUGAGGCCAGAAGUGCAUUGUCGAUUGCUAAAGGAGACGUGGAGGAAGCUGUUCGUCUCAUUAUUGAGGGAGAUGUCCAGCUUAAGUGCUCAACGUCUCUUGAUGCAAACCAAGGGAAAACUGUUUCGGCUGAAGUUGAUCAGAAACUUAAAGCAAGCAUUUUAGAAAAGUACAUGCUGGUUGAUAGUGAAGAAGACAAGAAAGUGCACAGACCAGUCACUCCAAAAGAUGCUCCUAAGAAACUGGUGCGCUAUCACGGCAGUCAGGUGGUCACCACAAAGGGAGAGCGUUACCAUCUAGUCAAGAAAGAAGAACCAGAUGACAUGAAGAAGACUUAUGUUAGUCUCAAACCAGCACGCAAAUACCGCUUUCAUUGAUGAAAGGCAUCUUGCUGAUGGACCAUUCAGUCAACCCUCCAUGUUUUUGAUAUUUGUGUCUGGUUAUCUGUGACUGGAAACAAAUGAUUUAGUUUUUAUUUAAAUGUAUCUUGGUCUAAACGUGUGUCCAUUUACAUACAUGGUGGAGUUUUGAUGUUUGAAUUGAUUUGCUGAUCUGUGUAAUCUCCCAGCAGGUCUCUUUUUUCGAGUCCUUAUAUGUUACUCUAUUUAUUUUUUUAACUACUUUUUACUAAAACCUUAAGCUAUACCUACAAACAUGAAGGUGUUUGCAUUUGACUGUUUUCUUUAAGCCAAACCCUGUUUUACACAUCAUUUUACUGAAAGUCAUUGAAAUGUUCCGCUAAGUGGUUGUUUUGUUAUAAAAACAACCAGUUUAGCUCAUUUUCGGUGGCAGGAAACAGUUGGAACAUCAGUGUUUGUAUUUUGCAUUGUGUGUUUAUUUUCAUAUACAGAAAUAAAAAGACUCCAUAUUAUGUUCCUACAGAAACUAUAGAAUAGCAGGGUCUGUGUGACCGUUGAUUUGAGAUGCAGUUCACUGUCUGCCUGUUAAUUCGGGUUUAAGCUCAUCAUAUACACUGGACAAGCUUUGGAUAGACCAAAGCUUCGUCUGCAAACUUUCUAGAGUUACUCUUUUGUCUAUAUUGUGUAAUUGCUUUGCAUAGUUUUAGUAAUGGAUGUGCUUUGUGUUCAUUAUUAACAAUUGUAUUGUCAUAUCCAUAUUACACCAGUAUUUGAGAUUUGUUUGUGCUUGAUGUACCCCAUUUACAUGUAAACCAUGUUGUCUUUGCCAUAGAAUCACAGUAUCCGCUGUCUACAUUACCAGUCACCUCCAUGACCCUGAAACUGAAGUGCAGUGAUUAGAUUCAAAUAUAUUAACAUUAUUUUUCAAGGACUGAUGUUUUUGAAAGGAACUAGUAAAUGUUGUUUGAAUGUUGUCAUUUCUCAAUUGUCUAUUUUAAAUGCUUUUAAACUACUUAAAAUGGUUUUGAAAACAGAUUUUUCUACCUUUAUAAGUACACUGAAGAGAAUAAUGAGGUUGUGUUUAAAGAAUAAAUUAAUUUUCGUGUGGAGGAAUAUACACAUCUAAAGACAAAGGUGAGAAAAGAAAACAUGUUUUAAUUUAAAGACUAGAAGAACAGACAAAACCACUUUAAGCCACUCAGAAAUCAGUACUGAGAACUACAGAAAUCAAAAGAUCAUGCAGAUAGUCUUUGAAGUAACAGGUUCCGUUCGCUUACAUUCUUACACAACUUAGAUCAUGCUCUAAAGCACAUGUUAAACAAUGCUAGAACACCGGUUCAAUUAUUCUUUUAAAGACAAAAGACAUGUCUGUGAAAGGCCAAACACCUCAAAAUAAUCUUGUCAGAAUUUUAUAUUCUGUAAUCUUUGUAAGAAUGCCUGUAACAAGACAAAUGUUCCCAGAGUUAUGAUUUAUUUCAUAUUUUGUGUCCGUGAUGAUAGGCAAUUUAUGAUAGAUGACUACUAUCAUUGAUGGUACACUGUUUGACAUUUUGGCAAAAUAUAAAGUCAGCUGAUACAAGUCCAUGAUAUACCAAUAGGUUUAUGUAAUGAAGAAAACUUUGAAACACUGUAUACAUUUAAAGAAUUAAAGUGGCCAUUUGUGUUGUUUGCUUUCUUCCCUGAACAAAAGUGAAAAACUAAAUCAUUUUCAGCAUUUAGCACACACAUUUUGUAUCUUAAAUGCACUAAUUUUAACAACAAAAACUGUAAUUAACAGAAUAAAAACUAAGUUGCAAUUAAAAAAGAAUUAGUUGAACUGCAUUUUCAAAGACUUAAAAUUAGACCAAACUAUUCAAAAUCUUUUAUUUCCUUUCAAUUCAUAGAAACGGCUAACACUUGGCAAGUGUAGUUUGUUCUAAAUUACAAUCCUUACAGAAAUGGUACCAUAGAAUGUUUCACUGAAAAAUAUAACAUCAAGAAACUAAAACAUUUGCCUUAAUGUACACUUACCUAAAAAAAAUAAUAAUAAUAACAAAUGCACAUUUUAAUUCAGUGAGUCAGCUACCAAAGGAUAAGAAAUCCUUUGUUUUAAAAACAUUGUGGCUGACCAUUGUAUUCUGCAUUACCUCUAUCCUAACAGAAACACUGUUAAUCCAUGAGAUCAAAUUCAAAAGCAAACA